GCCUGCGGAUCUCCCCGCCGCCUCCUCCUCUAUCUACCUCAACACCCCACUCCUGCUUCGCCAGAGGAGGCGGUCCCCACCGCAGGCAGUCCGGCUCGCAGGUCGCCGGCAUUGUCAUCACCCGCGCUCCCCCUCCCAGCCCUCCCCGGCGCGCGGCCCGGCCGCUCCCCUCUUUCUCGCUGCAGUCCCGAGCGGCCGCGGCGCCGCCACGCCUGUUCUCCCCCCCAAAAGAGGCCCGGGCUUACGACGGCAGAGGGCUCCGUCGGCCCUAACCGAGCUGGGUGCCCGUGGCCGGGGUGAAGCUUCCAUUCCUCCCCCCUCAUCACCGUCCUCGGCCCUUCGAAGUUGCAUCCUCUCCUCUGCUGGCGGUGCGCCCCCCCUCGCGCACUCAACUUACCCGCCACCUUUCCUAGGCUCCCCUCCUGCCCCCUCCCCGCUCCUCCUCGCCUCAGACUCCCUCCCCCCUCACGUCCGCCCUCUGCCUUCGCCUACCCAAGUGGAUUAAUUAUACGCUUUCUGUUUCUCUCCGUGCUGUCCUCUCCCGCUGUGAGCCUACCCGCCUCUCGCUGUCCUCUCUCCCUCUCUCCCUCUCUGUGGCCCCCCCCUUUCACGUUCACUCUGUCUCUCUCACUAUCUCUGUCCCCCCACUAUCCUUGAUACAACAGCUGACCUCAUUUCCCCAUACCUUUUCCCCCCCAAAGUACAGUAUCUGUCCCGCCCCAGCCCUAAGAUAGCCCUCCCUCCCUAAAGAAGCAGAAGAGACGUCGUCCCCCCCCAUCAAAAAAGCCACCCCCCCGUUCUGUCCCGUCGCACAAUCGGUCCGCGCGACUUGGUCAGAGCGGGGCUGGCAGAGGAGUGCCCGGCAGAAGGGCCUUCGCCCGCUGUUCGGUUUGCAAACACGCAGCAGGGAGAUGGGUGGCAGCUUCGCCGGCUUCCAGAUACCAAUGGGGAUCCCAAUGGGGAAGUCGAUGUUGGUGCUUCUUAUCUCUUUGGCCUUCGCCUUGUGCUGCAUCGCUGCUUACCGCCCCCGCAGCGAGACCCUGUGCGGUGGGGAGCUCGUUGACACGCUACAGUUUGUCUGUUCGGACCGCGGCUUCUACUUCAGCAGGCCUUCAAGCCGUGCCAACCGUCGCAGCCGUGGCAUCGUGGAAGAGUGCUGCUUCCGCAGCUGCGACCUGGCCCUCCUGGAGACAUACUGUGCCACCCCCGCCAAGUCCGAGAGGGAUGUGUCUGCCUCUGAGGCCAUGCUUCCGGACGACUUCCCCAGAUUCCCCGUGGGCAAGUUUUUCCACUACGACACCUGGAGACAGUCCGCCCAACGACUGCGCAGAGGCCUGCCUGCCCUCCUGCGUGCCCGCCGGGGUCGCAUGCUCGCCAAAGAGCUCGAAGCCUUCAGAGAGGCCAACCGUCAUCGCCCCCUGAUCGUCUUACCACCCAAAGACCCCGCCCACGGGGGAGCCUCUUCGGAGAUGUCCAGCAACCAUCAGUGAACCAAAUUUUGUGGUAAUUCUGCAAUGUAGUACCAUCACUCUGUGACCUCCUCUUGAGCAGGGACAGUUCCAUCACGUCCCACACCAAGAUCUCUCUGCUCCACUUCCUUCCCCUGGCUUCUCCCUCCCCACCCCCAAUGCCCCGCCUCCCCACAUCAGGCUGCCCCACACCAUCGGGCAAAACCAAAUAGACUGAUUGGCUUCGAAACCAAAUUAAUUGAUUGGCUUCAAAACCAAAUUGAUUGAUUGGCUUCAAAACCAAAUUGAUUAGCUUUAAAACUAGAUUGGCUCUAAACAACCCAAGUGACAACCCUCAAACUAUAAAUGCACAUUAAAAAAAACUUUAAAAUAUACAGUCCCUUUAAAACAAAUUGGCUUUUUAGAAACACCAGAACUUACAAUUUAAAAAUUAAAUAACUAAAGAAAUCAAUUGGCUGAAAACAUACCAAAAAAUUAAUUGGCUUAAAAAACAAUUGGCAAAAUCAAAUGAUUUGGCGCCCCCCCCCCCCUUCAUCUUCUUCCCAUUUGGAUCUUUAGUCAAAUUGGCCUAGACUUGGAUCUCACCACCCAAGAAGAAAAGAAGGGGACCCAAAUUUUUCCAGGUGGCAUGUCAUUGCUUCAGUGUCCUCUCCUUAUCACCACUCAGAUAGGGUGCUUUUAGCGUAAGCUGGCUCUGAACAACAAUAGCCUCCCAAACUUUCUUCACUGGUCAUUCCAUCACAAAUGUCACCAUGUCACCAUGGGGCUGGGUGAAGGAACAGAGCAUGAAAAUUGAAAACAAAAUUUAAUUGGCACAAGCCCCCAGUCUCAAAAUCUCACUUUUCUGUACCUACCCUAAAAAGCACAUGUUUAUACUUAUCCCUGCAAAUACACAGACAUGCAUGCACACACACACACACACACACACACACACACACACAUUCCCAUGCACACACACCCCACACCUACACACACACACACA